AUAGCUACUUGCCCACCACACCAGAUAGGCGAGCACUAGGAUAGAUACUCAAUUGCUCACCACUAGCUACCUGCAUAGCUAGCCCAACCUCCUCUAGCUCUUCCAUUGCUAGCUAUUAGCUCGAAAUUCUAGCGAGAGAAAAAAAACCCAAAUCAACAAGAACAAUCCAAUAUAUAUACAUAUAUAGACAGAUAUAUAUACAUAUCGUAUUAGCCACUUGAUUGCUAAUUACCGAAGCUAAGCUCGUAUAUAUGGCAGAUCACCAGGAGAUGAUCCACGCCGCGGCGGCGCCGGCCAUGUACGGCGGCGGCGCGGCAGCGGGUGGUGCUACGACGACGACGGGGAGCCACGGCGGCGGCGGCGGCGACUGGUGGAGCGCCGCGGUGUCGUCGUGCUCGGCGCCGGCGCCGGAGACGAUGCAAGGGUUCGGCGGCUGGUCGGCCGCGGUGGUGGCCGUCGACGGCGGUGGCAACACGUCGAGGUCAGCUGCUGGUAACACUGCUUCGUCGGAGUCGCCUGGAUCGCUCGCCACCGGAAGCUCCAUCACUUUCCAGGAGCCCGCCGGCGGCGUCGCCGACCCGGCCGCCAUCGCCGUGCACGCGCAGACGGUGGCCGGCGGCGGCGGCGGCGGCUGGAAUCAGCAGCCUUUCUUGGAUGGGAGUGGUUUCCAUGGCUACAUGAGCUCAUCAAGAAAUGAUCACCAUACCAAUCAUCAUCAUCAUCAGAUCAACACGCCGAGUUUGAUGAGCAACUCAUCAUCAAAUAACGGCGUGAUGCUGCAAGAGCACCAACAUGACCAGAAUUACCAGUUCCUCUCCAACCUCGGCUUCGAGCUGCUCUCGUCGCCGACCUCGCCGUACGGCGGCGGUGGCGGCUUCCGCUCCUCGCUGCUCAGAAGCCUCACGGAGCCGGCGGCGGCAGCGAAGCCUAAUGACUCGCCGGGGUUUCAGCAGUAUCAUCAUCAUCAGCCGGCGAUGAACCUGCAGCCGCCGGCCGCCGCCGCCGGGAGAGAGCCACUGCAGUUCACCAACAGCACGGCGGCGCCGUUUUGGAACCCUUCCUCCAGGUUCACCGUCGCGGCGGAGGGUACAGCACUAGGUGGUGCCGGAGCAUCGCCGGCGCAGCCUACGCCGGCGAGCCUUGCAGCUAAGGUUAAUUGGCACACACUUAGGGCAUUAGAAGGAGUAGGAGACUCCAGCUCAAUCAUCACGAAGAAGGCGAAGGCUGAUUCCACGCCACUAAAGAAAUCCAGAACCGGGACGCCAUCGCCAUUGCCGACGACCUUCAAGGUGAGGAAAGAGAAGCUAGGGGACAGGGUCACAGCACUCCAACAACUAGUCUCCCCUUUUGGAAAGACGGACACGGCAUCGGUGCUCCACGAGACAAUCGAGUACAUCAAGUUCCUGCACGAUCAAGUUGGUGCACUUAGUGCUCCUUACCUAAAGAACAGGCAACAAGUGCCCCACUUGAAGAACUCCACCGGCGUCGACAACGAUGGCGGCGGCGGCGGCGGCGAGGCGACGGCGGCUAGCAAGAGAGACCUCACCGGAAGAGGGCUGUGCCUGGUCCCGAUAUCGAGCACCUUCGCCGUCGCCAGCGAGACGCCGGUCGAUUUCUGGACGCCGUUCGGUGCAGCCUUCCGGUAGCUCGAUCGAUCGCUAAUUAACUACUACUACUACCACCAAGCUACUUGCUCUGUUUCACAGUCCUCUGUUUCAUAAUAUAAGUCAUUCUAACAUUUUUCAUAUUCAUAUUGAUAUUAAUGAAUCUAGAUAGAUAUAUAUGUCUAGAUUCAUUAGCAUCAAUAUAAAUGUGAGAAAUUUUAGAAUGACUUACAUUGUAAAACGGAGGGAGUAGCUAGCUAGCUGAGAUCAGCCAGAGCUCAGCUUAAUUAACAACUAGUAAUUAACUAGAAAUGCUUCACACAAAAAGCUAGCUAUAUAUCUAGCUAGAUUGCUAAUUAAGUUAUAUGCUCACACCCAUAUACAUGAUGGCAAUAUAUAGCUAGCAACAGCUCCUACUGUUGCAUAUAUAUAGCAGAUA